CAGCCCCUGGGGCGGGGCCGAUGCCCAGGGCUGGGGGUCGCAGAGGGACAGCCCUGCUCCUGGUGUCUGCUCGUCCGCCCCUUUGAUGCUCACAGGCUUGGACCGGAGCGGGCGAUGGAAGUUCGUCCCGAGGCCGGGACCCGAACUCCUGGAGCCAGGCGAGGACCCGGGCGUCAAGUUUCCGGGGGCCUGAGUGUCCAUGUUGCUAUGACGACGCCUCUCUACGUUGCCUUCCCAGCCCCUGGGUGUUCCGGGACAGCCAGCUAGGUCUUUCCUGCGGACUCCUCCUGGAAGGCGUUUAGCCACCCAGGAAAGAGAUCGGAGUUUCCGAGUGGAGACUUUUAAUCAUGGUCUUUUCCCACCUCCCUCGAACAAAUCACUGUAACCACUUGGAAAACCAUGGGUAGAACCGUGAUUGCUGCCCCGCGCCCGCUGGAGACUCUCUUCCCAGGCAUGUCAGCCCCUACUCCGACGUCCCCUUUUCCACAAGGCUAGACCGCAAAGGCCCGACCCGCUCCCUGCGCUGGCCCUCGCCCACCUCUUGCAGAGCAGGGGCUGAGCGCCACCGCGGCCAGUGCCGCGCAGUCGGAUGACGCACGGCGCCUGCGCGCGGCCGGCCGGGGCCGGAGCCCGAAGGGGGCGGGCUGUGAGCUCUGGGCGCCUGGCGGCCGGCGGGUGGCUGCCGGGAAGCCCGGCUUUAGACGCAAUGGGGAAGAAGCAGGUGCGUCCUCCACGAGCCCUUCCACCUGUGCCAAGUGCUAAUCAAGGUGAUAUUCCACUUAGUCGUCCUAAGAGAAAGAAGCCCAAAACAAAAAACACACCAGGUAGUGCUUCUUUGGAAGGCCUUGUUCAGGCUUCUGUUCGCAGGCCAUCUGAGGGCAGUGAGCCACCAACUAAAGAAUCCACAGAACAUCCAGAAGAAGCUCCUCUUCAAAGGAGACAGAAGAAGACGAGGCUACCUCUUGAAUUGGAGACUUCCUUAACCCAAAAGAAGACAUCUAGUUCAUCUUUAUUACGAAAUGAAAAUGGUAUUGAUGUGGAACCAGCUGAGGAGGCAGUUAUUCAAAAACCUCGAAGGAAGACAAAGAAAACCCAGCCAGCAGAAUUACAGUAUGCCAAUGAACUGGGUGUAGAAGAUGAAGACAUAAUUACUGAUGAGCAAAGAGGCCCAGAACAACAGUCUAUAUUCACCGCACCCACUGGCAUUAGCCAGCCUGUAGGCAAAGUGUUUGUGGAAAAAAGCCGGCGAUUCCAGGCUGCUGAUCGUUCGGAGUUGAUAAAGACCACAGAAAAUAUAGAGGUGUCGAUGGACAUGAAGCUUUCCUGGACAACCAGAGAUGUGGCACUCUGGGUGCACCGGGCUUUCAGGAUGAUUGGUCUCUUUUCUCAUGGCUUCUUGGCCGGCUGUGCUGUGUGGAACAUUGUUUUCAUAUAUAUUCUAGCAGGAGAUCAGCUUUCUAACCUCUCAAACCUUCUGCAACAGUACAAGACCUUAGCAUAUCCAUUCCAGAGUCUUCUCUACUUGCUUUUAGCCCUAAGUACAAUUUCAACUUUUGACAGGAUUGACUUUGCUAAAACAUCAGUAGCAAUCCGAAAUUUUCUUGCCCUGGAUCCAACAGCUUUAGCAUCUUUCUUGUACUUUACUGCUCUUAUAUUAUCUCUGAGUCAGCAAAUGACAAGUGACAGAAUCCAUCUUUACACACCUUCUUCUGUUAAUGGUAGCCUCUGGGCAGCAGGUGUCGAGGAACAGGUUCUCCAGCCAUGGAUUGUGGUGAAUCUGGUGGUGGCCCUUCUGGUUGGACUGUCUUGGCUUUUUUUGUCUUAUAUGCCAGGCAUGGAUCUUAGUGAAGAGUUGAUGUUCUCCUCUGAUGUGGAAGAAUAUCCUGAAAAAGAUAAAGGACUCAAAGCCUCUUCAUAAUGCCAGCUCACCUUCAGUGUAGUAAUGGCCCAGUAUUUAGAAUUUUUCCUAUUCUUGUUUUUAAAUGUAUUUUUAUAAGCUAUGUACAGGUAUAUUUGGAAUUGAUUUUUUGAUUAUAUAGUACUGAAAAUUUUCUCAAGAUUAUGGAAAAUGUUAAAAUUGUAUCUGCAAUUCAUAACCAAACAUUAAUCUCUCUAGCAUUAUCAUCUUAAUGACAAAGGAGGUAAUGAGCUCGAAACCAGCAGGUGAAAGUGUUUAUUUCCUGUUUUCUCAAAUUAGUUGCAUUUAUAAUCAUUAUCUUAAAAAACUCUUCUACAGAAACAGCCAUUACUUUAGUGUUAUAAAAUAUAUAUCAGGUUUAAACAUAAAAUUUAGGGAAUAGGAAAGAAGGGGGCAAAAGACCUUUAUUUAUUUUUAAUGCCUCCUUACUGAAUAAAUUAAAAUAUGAAAUGUGUCUUUUUUCAAACUGGCUUGGUGGUUGUGGUUAUGUAUCAUGUAAUAAGUAUAAUGUAAUUCAGCUUGAAAGAUGCUUUACUUCAUGACUAAUAAAAAGAAAAUAUACCUUU